AUGGCAGAAAAACUAGCUGUCCAUAAGCGCUUUUCAAAAGUGCUUUUUCGCGGUUUCAACGCGAUAGUCUUUCUCUCACGCGACAACAACAACAGUGAAUUGCUCGUGAUUCCUUACUUACGGCAAUCAACACUGAUUCGAUUAUGGUUCAUGAAUCGGCAUCUAAUUGUUAGCACAAUUACCGCUUCGUAUCUACGUACGCCAGCCGCAGCCGCAGCCGCAGAAAACAACAUCAACAAGUACCAUUCUGAAAGUGGCUGGGUUCGAUGGAGAAAGAGUUGGUGGAAUUGUAUGAAUCCGCCAAGAAAGCAGCGGAUGCGUCUACCGAUGCAGAUAGCCCGCACGAAGAAAGCCGAUGCCUUGAUGCGCUCGAGCAGCUCAAGAAAUUUCCUGUUAAUUAUCAAAUUCUCGUUAAUACCCAGACACGGGUAUUGGACUGUUAACGAGUCAUGGUAUAGGUUUGAGAUUUUCCUAAAGAUGGAUACGGGUAUCGUUACUAAGGUUGGGCGUAGGCAGAUGUUGUUGUCGUUAUCUAAUUUGGAUUUUAUGUUCUAUGAUGAAUGUGAUUUGUGGUGA